CAGCUGUUUAUGUUUUGGAGGGAAUAUAGUUUUCCCAGAGGCUUUGCAUAGUGAAAAUUGUCAGUGAUUUUUUACCAUGUGGCUUGAAGAAGGUUUUAAGCUAAAGUGCUGAAUUUAGAUUUUUACUGGUGAUAUGAAAGAGGAUAAAUUAAUAAAGGUGAAACAAGGAGAGGACAUAAAAUAUUAAGCACUGAGGUUUUGAAGUUAAAUAGUAGUGAAACAGUUAACCAGAAAGUGAAACCAUAGUAAUUUAAUGUUCAAAACUUAGCUAUUACUUCUGGCUAUUAAUUGCAUGUGGAGUUUGCAUGAAGUUAGACAAGCAUGUGGGGUGUAAAGGAUUAGAUGUCAACGCUGGGUAAUAAAACAAAAUGAAAAACAUGAGAAAUAACAUCUUGAAAGUAAUAUUUUAGAGCUGGGCUGGUAACAAGAUCCCUUACAAAGCCUUUAUAUCUAUUUUAUAUUGGGACAACUGACUCCUUCACCAAGCCCCGCGGGUAUCAUAGGAGUUUUAACAAUAUAAAGAAUAUAUUGGCGAGCACAACCGUAUACUUGAAAGAAAUCCUUUAACUGAGUUGUAAAUUUUGAACAGUAAAUUUGACAGCCUACCUGUGCUGUUGAGGGUUUUAGCGUCGCCAGGUUGUGUCAUUGUGUAUCAUCUGCAAUUACAAGGCAAGCUUGAUAAGGUUUCUUACCUUGUGCCACACCAUAAGUCACAAAUGUCAUUUGACAGAAUAAUGCUCUUGUGAAGAAUCAAUAUCAGCAGUUUAAAAUCUUCUGGGGACAUUCUUUGUUUCAAGAAAAGUUUAAUAAUCUUUUAAUAAUAGGCUUUAAAAAGAAUUUGUGCAUUAGCAGAAGUAUUGUUUUAAAGACCUUUGGAAUCCAUUCUUCUUAGAAGGGAAGUACUCAUCCAAUACUAGGAUGAGAAAUGAAGUGAUAAGGUAAUAACUUUUGCAACUGUGACACCAUUGGUUGAUUUCUGAAAAAUGUGCUGAAGUAAAAUUCCCUCUAUAAUGCCAAAUAAUUUAUUUCUGAAUGGUAACCUAAGACUAAGGUUGGUCAGUGCUGAAUAAAUAUUAACUUUUUGCCCACACAGAUCAAGUGUUCAUGUUAUUGAACCAUGGAUGAAAACUCUGUUUUCCUAAUGUAAGUUCUCAAGUGAAGAUAUGUUACAGCCAAUAGUAAAAGGAGAAAAGGAUGCUAUGGGAACCGAAUGAAAUUAUGUAAAUAAAUUCUAAAUAUGAUUCCUUUGACAGGACAGUAAUGAUGGUGAUUGGUCAUCUGAAAAAUUGUUAUUUAGUUGAAUAUUCAUGAUGCACGUCUUCCAUUAAAAUAUUGCAGAAACAUUAAAUUGUGCUGUCUUGAAAUAAAAAAAAGACAUAGUAUUAUGCGGCCUUUGGAUCAGGAACCGUUCAGACCAAAUUCAAACUGGCGUUGACUGAAAUCGUGUACCCAAUACCUGAAAGAUCCUGUUGCAUAAAAAAAUGGAAUAAUUUUGUUGAAUUCUGCUACGCAAAACGUUCUCCCAGGGCUAGUGGAUAUAGGUGUCUGGUUUUUGAAGACAUUUGAAAGCAUCAGAGUUGAUGACUGUGUUUACGAAUCUUUAUUGUAAUAGUUAUGCAAUCUACAAAAUCGGACAUCUCAUAGAUUUUGACUAUCAGCUGUGAAUAGUCAAAGCAAUAUUUAAAUUAUUUUGGAGAUGAAUUAAGACCAGGCCGAUUUGUAACAUUAACUUUUGUUUCAAAGUCAAUAACAACAACAACAAACUAAAAUUUCUGUGAUCAAUCCAAAAUAGUUGAAAAUUGUGUAUUGACAUUGAACGAAGCGUUGAGACUCAGACACAAUGAUCGAUAUGAUAUCGCCCAAUCUGGUGACACUGAAAGUGCCGCCCACGAUUCCAGCGUUACGGGCCACGACAUCCUGGCAUGGGAGGUUUCUACCGUCCCCAAUCAACGUGAAACGAUGUAAUAGUCUGGAUGUGUCGUCUGGCACAGCGCAGGUGCCCCCCCUCACGCCAGGAACCACUCAGAAGAUGUCACAGGCCCUCCUCGAGUCCUUCAAGAGUUUUGAGAAGGACCAACACAGGCUCGGAAUUCCGAGAGACCCGAUGCAUUGGGACGAGACACAGGUCUCCCAGUGGCUGCACUGGGCCAUACAGGAGUUCACUCUGGAAGGAGUCAACGUCGGGAACUUUGCGAUGCGCGGACGCGAACUCUGCAAGAUGGAGAAGGAAAAGUUUCUGAAACUCGCCCCCCCAUUUAUGGGCGACAUACUUUGGGAGCACCUCGACAUAUUGCAGAAAGACAUGCUGCAAGAGCGAAGUUCUCUGUGUAAUGUCCCACCCACAUAUAGCGAGCCUGUUUGCAUGCCGGAGUUUAGUUGUCACGAUGACCCACACGUAUUUAACCAAGGUUACACAAGUUCCCCGGAGCAGCUCUCUCCGCCUGUACAAAACACUCCACAGGUCCCUUUCUUAGACAACAAAUGUCAGUUCCAGAUGUCCGACUCCCUACAGGCCCUCAACGACCUGUCCCCAACGUACGAGGACAAGUACCACAGUCUGGAGGACGUACAACAGGGCGGCUAUGGAGACCAGAGUCCCACUGACUUCUACUCCAUGCUUCCUGAGCAGAAGUACCGGCCACAACCGAUGAAGAACAUGUGCAGAGGUCAGCAGUACAUGCCACCAGACGCACACCCCAACCCUCUCAUGGACGGCUACUUUGACCCCCAGCCCCAGUACCCGCCCCAGAUGGUGCCCAGCGUGAAGGCCGAGCUGCCCUGGUCACAGGGGGACUAUCCAGGUUGCCAUGGUGACAUGACCCCUGGUUGGUCCCUACCAACUGAUCUCAGAACCCCAGGGAUGCCCCGCCUGCCCUACCACCCCCUGCAGGGUCUAGGGGACAUGGGACUGCAGGGCGAGGGGAAGCCCAUGAUUCAGGCUGCAGCUCUGGCAGGCUAUUCGGGCAGUGGACCCAUUCAGUUAUGGCAGUUCCUGCUCGAACAGCUCACAGACAAGACGUGCCAACACUUCAUCAGCUGGACAGGGGACGGCUGGGAAUUCAAGCUCUCAGACCCAGAUGAGGUGGCACGUCGCUGGGGCAUCAGAAAAAACAAACCCAAAAUGAACUAUGAGAAACUGAGCCGCGGUCUAAGGUACUAUUAUGAUAAAAAUAUCAUUCACAAGACGGCCGGGAAGCGGUAUGUGUACAGAUUUGUAUGUGAUCUCCAGAGCCUGCUAGGUUACACGCCCGAGGAAUUGUGGGAGGCGUGUGAUAUCAAGCCCCAGAAGGACAAGGAAGACGAGUGAUCGGGGUCGUCAAGACGCUUGAUUGGCGGGGCCGGUGUUUCUAUAAAUAGACGGUUUAUUGAAGAGGUGGUGUUUGAUCAUGCACGUAAUCUUGAGAAUGCUUAUGAGCAGACAGCAUGGCGUGUUUGGGCAUGUUUCUUGAGCAUGUGUGCUGAUCGAUGAGUCUUGCAAGCUUCUCAGUAACACUGAUGGCAAAUCUGAUGAGAAUCAGUAGACGCUGUUUAGAGCAAAGAGACAUCUGUAAAGAACUAAGAGAUCAUAUGUUCUUUGCGCAAACGAAAGGCUCUAUGGCGAAAACACAUGUACAGUUUUAGCUACAUUUCACUGUAGCAAGAAAAAAUAUAAAUGUGAUACUCUGAUUGUAUUAUAUGAACAAUAUAUACUAUUUUUGUACUAUUAUUUUUAGCUCACCUGAGCAUAGCAUGCUAAUGUUAGAUUUUGUGAUGGCUUUUUGUCAGUGUAUGACGUUCAUCCGUUGUGUUUCGUCAACAUUUAACUUGUGAACACUAUAGAGGCAACGUUCAGUACUCAUUCAUUAAAUUUAGUCUGAACAUUUAUCCCAAUGAUAUUUCAACUGAGUUUGAAAUUGGGUUGUGAUGCAAAAAACUAGGUCACUUGGUCAAAAUAAAAAAAUGAAAAGCUUGUUAACAAUGUAGAAGUCAUUUUUUUUUACCAAUCCUCAUGAAACUAGUUAAGAACAUUUUUUGUAAUGAUAUCUUUGUCCAGUUCCAAAAUGGUUUUGGUCCGUUCAAAAACAUGGCUUACAACAGUUUUGCUCUUUUAUUUCUCAGGUGAGCAACCAAGGGCUUUUGUCCCACUUAAUUGUAAAUCUUGUUUGAUACGAAAGCGGACUUGAGUGAAGGUUGACUGCUGUACAAUUUUCAGAAGUUGUAUACGUAUGGAAUCACAUACGGUAUGUUGAUUGUUGUUAGCCUACUGAAUCUUGGUAGUCAAAUAUCAUGACAAAAAGAUAUGUUGUUCUGGUUAUAUGUCCUCUCAAUUGUUUUGAAAUCUUUUGUGUGAGACCUUGAAUAUAGUCCUAAUUUGGUAUUUUGCCUAUUUCGGUAUGUUUGUCAAUGCCAAAGGAAAUGAAACAGGAUGCAAUGUUCAUUUCAAAUUCAUCAGGAAAUACCACAUAACAAUGACGGACAGCUAAUGGUGGUAUAAACAGCCUGGCAUCUUGUAGUGCCAGUACAGUUUGUUUUAUGAAGGGAAUGAUUGGUUUCAGUAAGUGUGGAAUAUAAAAUGUUUUCCAAAAAAAAAAUAUGUGUGCCUUUUGAAUGCGCAUUUCAUGUUGCCCGUUUUUAUAAAGUUAUGCCAUUAUGGAUGAAAAAUCUGUAUUGUUUCCCUUUGGAUUUAAUGUGAAUGUGCCUUUGUGUUCAAUAAGUGCUCUUAGAGUUAAUACUCUGACUGGAAAUGUGUUCAUCAAAUGUUUGUUGUUGUUUUUUUGUUUGAUUUUUCAUUUCAUAUGUGUACAUUAUAAUGUUUACAUUUUUAUUUACUGGGACUUAAUUGGAUUAUGCCAGAUCAAGGAAUAAAUAUUUUAGUGCUUUGUUAGAGGUUAAUUAAAAUGUCUGUAAUUUAUUGUGUUUGUGAAAAGGCUUGUAUAUUAUGUAAAUAGAAAUUUAAUUAUUGCAAAAACUUAAAUGCUCUUUUACCAUCACACUUACAUUAGACAUUAAAAAUAUUUUAAUAAAGCAACUUGAGUAUUUAUUUUAUUUAUAUGAUUUAUUGGAACUUGCCUAUGAUAAGUGGAAACUGUACAAGUUUGGAAUGUAUUGAAUUUACUUAAAGAUAAUUACACGUUUCCUACACAUAGGAAUAGUUGAACCUACCUUCAACUAAGAAUAGGUACACCUUUCCUAAAACUAUUUUUACAGGGAGUUCGCAUUCGAGAAAAAGUGAAAUAAAUGUAACGCCUUUAUUUUGUUACUUUUUAUUCAUUUUAUAAAUAAAAACUAAAGCCAUUGUUGUGAAUGUGCCUUUUAUAAUCAUGAGUGAGCUAUGCACAGACUAAUAUGUCUCGCAACUUAUUACCGGUGAUAUUUGAUGGCUUAAUAUAGAAAAUUGUGCAUGUCACUCAGUUUCAGAGGUAAAAAGAACAAAACAAAUAUAGUAUGUGAAUGGUGGUGGUGUAAAACUUACCGGGUAUAAUUGUGUGAACAAUGUUUUUUUUCAACCCUUUUUCAUGUUAAGACUGCAUUACCAGAAAAUGUAACAAAAAUUGUUUCGUUCAUUGAAAUGAUGACAGAUCACAUGCCAUAUUAGACCAAAGUAUUUUAUUGUAAACAAUGCUUUUUUUCUCAGUCUUUUCAAUUAGGGCC